AAAUUUCACGUGCAUAUCCGGCAUCCGCGUGAUAUGUAAAGUUUUUUGUCCACGAAGACUGAAAGUGAAACAUAUUCGUAGGGUUACCAAAAUAGAAAUGUUCACCGAGCGAUUCGUCACUCCAUGUUCAAUUGUGAGAUCGUGAGGUGUUUACCACGAUAUUUUCCUAGAGAAAUUAGAAAGUCCAGCAAAUUUGUUAGCAACAUUGCAUGGUUCAGAAUCUCCGUUCGCAUCCAUGGCCAUCAGCACAAACAAUUUCUAACAAAAAAACGGGGUCACGGUUUGGGGAUGCAUCAGCUCUGAGCCUCUCACGCGGUCUGUUUAUACCAAAAGCCGGCACAACAGCUCUUCGCUGUGUCAUUCACGCUUCAUUCUCUCGCUUGGAUCGAUACAAAGCAUCUCCACUCUGAAGAUCAAAAGACCCCACAUAGAAGGCUCCAAUUGGCUUAGAUGAAUGCAAAAGAGGCUUAAUCAUCUCUGGUAAACCCAUGCUCUCUUCGACUGAAGGCCUGAUCGGACUGCCGCCAUUAAUUGUCGAUCUCCUCAAUGUACUCGAUUCGCAACGACAUCCAAAGGCCGACGGCAGAGUUUUCUCGAGUCCACUUCAGCAUCACCUUAUGUUCUGAUGAAGAGCAAGAUCUGUUUAUCUUCCAAACAUGGCAAAUUUGUCGUGUAAUCGGGCCCUAAGGGGCGAGGAGGUCUAACUUCUUUGAGAAGAAGAAUUGUCUUCUGCCGUCGGAAUAUUUACUUUGACUGGAUCAUUUUCUGCAUCUGUGUUGGGAAGACCUGUAAUAUCGUUUGUGACAAUUUAUAUCAGCAGCGAUCAGUUGUCCAACUCUGCGAGUGAAGCACGAAGGAUUCAUCAACUGAAGGACCCACUCAAAAGUUCAUUGUCUUCGAUUGGAAGGGAGUACCCAGUAACAGCCAUCGCAAUGUCCAGAACAAACAGCGUCUGUCCACUGGUUGCGGACGAGAGUCCCCCACCGCCCUACGCCACCGGAAACCCCCCGACAAAUGCCUACGAGAUGGCCCAGACCACUGGAUCGGCCGUCAGUUUCACCGUCCGGUCCAAGAUGUCAUCUGUGGACAAUGGCACUGGCAUCACUGACAUCGCCGCCCAACAUCAGAUCAUGCAGGACAACGACGCCGACGACGACAGUGACAUUCAGUUGACUUACUACGAGGCCAUGUCACCGCUGUUCAAAUUCAUGCAGAUCAUGGGGCUGUGGCACUCGGAGGUCAUCAAUCCGUCGAAGCGCAAAAGCAAGUCCAGGCGCAUCCUGAACGCCCGUAACUACUCCAUCUUGGUCCUGUUUCUCCUCUGGUUCAACCUGCUUCGUUUCUUGCCGGCGUUCUUCGUCGGGCCUGAGCUGGAUCCAUCGCGUCUCUACUUCAAAGUCAUCUACAUGACCGUGCUCCUGCAGGCUGCCCUCAACGCCAGCGUCAACUUCUGGGCUGCCUCCCGCAAGACCAUGCUCCGUGACUACUUCGUCCACUUCGAGAAGUCCAUCCAACGGGAUCCAGAGAACAAAAUAGAUCUUGGCUGGCUCCGGGGGAGAGCCAAAGCUUUCACCGUGGUGGCUGUCAUCUACGUAACCUGCCACUUCCUGAAUCAGACCGUUGGGGUCUUCGGUCCCGUCGAGUCCAUCCGAAACUCCACCAAUAUCUUCGUGGCACCCUUCAACCCCCACGUGGUCGUGCACAUCAUCUGCAUCUACCUCAACAUCUACGUCUUUGCCUCCUGGAUCUUCCCGCUCCUCUACUUUCUGCUGACCUGCCAGCUCAUGUCUCGACUCUUCCACGACUUCGACGUGCGCAUCGGGAUAGACAUCCAGCGCGCCACAGCCGCCAAGAUCUUCCCGCCAACUUUUGAGAAGCUUCGGCGCCAGCAUCAGUACCUGUGCGAGUCGGUUAGUCUGGCCAACAGCGGACUGUUCACCUACAUCAGUCUGAUCACGUACGUUACCAUGGGCCCCUUGGCAUGCUUCAUGCUGUACCAACUUCUCUUCUCGCAAGGAAUUGCUGGCAACGUAUCGGCCUACCUGAUGUACGCCAUUUGGCUGUCCUCCAUUUUCGUCAACGUGUGCGUCGUGUCUUGGUACGCCGCUGUCAUGAGCUCCAAGGCGCACGAUGCGAAGGACGACUGCUACGUCUGCUGUAUAGACAGCGUCACCAACGAACAACUUAUGCAGAUGAACAUGUUCCUGUCCAGGCUUAACGGAGAAGACAUAGGUUUCACCAUCUUUGAUCUCGUUACACUCACCAAGCCCUUCAUAUUGACGAUUGCUGGAUUGGUCUUGACGUAUUACGCCAUCAUAUCCGAGUUCCAGGGAUAGUUGGAAAACCAUUUGUUUGUCUAGUGUGUGACGAGCCUUAAUUUAACGAAGAGAAAUCGGCUUUUAAAUGUAAAAGUUGUUUAUUACAUUGUGUUGUACAUUUCGUAGAGUGUGAACGUUUGUAGGAACUACAAUGUACAGUGUCACAAGUUCACAAAAUGUCCGUUGUACAUGUACAUGUAUAUUAUCAAACCGGGAAUUUCGAAGUGAAGUGGGUUGAGUGAUACAUACAGUACAUAAAAGUGUAUACGUGUACUGAAAAUAAAGUUUAGUGAAGUGGCCAUUUCGCAUUCAACAAGCAGUGUAACAAGCCAAUAGUAAAACCGUCUCUGAAACCAUCCCACGUGUUUAGCAAAAAUAACAUAAAAUUGAUAUUGGUAUGGCGCCCACUCAAUAUAGGCAUGAAUUUCAAAUUGAAUGGGAGUUAUCAUCGACUAUAUAUCGUAUGCAUGGAAACAACUAUAGUAAAUUAGGUUUAUCUUAACAAACAUUCAUUGUGUUUAAAGAUGGUUGCUUUUUACGUUGUCUUGCCUAAUGUAAAUAAUAUACAUACAUAACUUGUUGAAUUUUACUGUAUUUUACCGUUUUGAGUAUGUCAAACAUUGUGCAAAGUAGUGAAUUAUGAAGCACACAGGUAAUAAUUACAUGCGUCAGAUUUCCAAAGCACCGAGUACAUGUACAUUGUAUUAGACUUGAACUAUAGUUGAGUAUGGCAUCGGAGAUGUUUUGAUGUUCUAGUGCCUGAUUAAUUUAUAUUUCUUGUGAAUAAAAGAAGUGUAUUGCGUGGAAACUUUCGAGUACUAACAAUA